AUGGAGAGAGAUAUGCUACCUUGGUUUAAACCCCAAAUCGAAGAAGAGUGGUACAUGAACAAUAUACCACCUUGUACCGAAAAUCUUAUCCCAAAUCUUCAAAACCACAUUCAACAACAAAACAUUGUCGGUUCUUCAGACCCAAACACUUUUGUUUUUGAGCACCAUUUAGGUUCCUCAUUUUCUUUGCCAUCGCCCAAAUCCAAUUUCUCAGAUCUACUAAAUAUUAAUGAAAAUAUCAACAUCACUGAUACCACCACCACAAACAAUCCAUUUGGUAAUGUCUUCAAUUUAGAACCCCAAGGUGUUGUUCAACCUCCAUUGUCAAUUGCAAAAUUAACCUCGAAUUAUGACUCUAAUGAGAGUGUUGGUGUUGGGAAGAUGGGGAACCAUGGAAAAAAUAAGGGCAAUAAUUAUAAUUCAAAUAACAAUGUUGGGGGUAGUAAUAAUAACAUCAUAUAUAAUAAUGAUGAUGAAAAUUGUGUUGUUGAGGGGGUCAAAAAAGAGAAGAAAAAGAAAACUCCAUCAAAGAGUCUCAUCGCUGAGAAGAAGCGAAGGCAGAAACUCAGUGAUAAUAUGCACAAGCUUCGUUCUGUUGUGCCAAAGAUUACCAAGAUGGAUAAAAUUUCAAUACUUGGGGAUGCUGUUGACUACUUGAAGGAGUUAAAAAAACAAAUUAGUGAUCUUCAAAGUGAGAUAGAGUCAAGCUCUCCUAGAUCAUUUGUGCCACCGCCUGCAGGAACUCGCAUUAAAACAUCCACCAUGUCAACCCUUCCAGUUCAAAUGAAAGAAAAGUUAUGUCCUAACAAUGUGUCGGGUCUUAAAAACCAACCAACAAAGUUUUUGUCUAAACUUGUAUUUGUUGCCUCAUGA